AGCUAAACAAAGACGAAGACGAAGACGAAGCCAUCACCGUCGCUGCCUUUAAAACCUCCAUUAUCAUCAUCAUCGAAAUCCCUCUCUGUUGCGAUUUUCGAGUUUCAUCAUCAUCAUAAACAUAGCGUUUUCCUCGUCUCCGACUCGGAUUUUACCUCUCAUGGAAGGAAACUUCUUCAGGUCUAAUGCUCAAGAGUCAUAUGACGAUGGCUUUUUAGUCAAACAAAAACCUAAUCUCAUCACAGGUCUAACGGGAGACCAAGCUAAUGAAAGUGGCUGUUUUGAUUGCAACAUCUGUCUAGACACGGCCCAUGAUCCGGUCGUCACUCUCUGCGGACACCUUUUCUGUUGGCCUUGCAUUUACAGGUGGUUACAUGUUCAGUUAUCUUCUAUCUCCAUUGAUCAGCACCAGAACAACUGUCCAGUCUGCAAAUCCAACAUUACUAUCACUUCAUUGGUUCCUCUCUAUGGAAGGGGCAUGUCUUCGCCUUCUUCCACGUUUGGCUCCAAGAAACUAGACUCAGUGUCCACAGAAAUACCACGCAGACCCGCUCCAUCGACCUUCUACAAUCCAAUCACCUCAGAAGCUUCUCUGAACCCAAGCUUGCAACAUCAAACUCUGUCUCCAACAUUUCAUAACCACCAGUAUUCACCUCGUGGCUUCACCACAACAGAAUCAACCGACCUGGCCAAUGCAGUAAUGAUGAGUUUUCUAUACCCGGUGAUUGGAAUGUUUGGGGACAUGGUCUACACCAGGAUAUUUGGAACCUUCACAAACACAAUAGCUCAGCCUUACCAAAGCCAGAGGAUGAUGCAGCGUGAGAAAUCUCUUAAUCGGGUAUCGAUAUUCUUCCUUUGCUGCAUCAUCCUUUGCCUCCUUCUCUUCUAGCUCUCUCUCUCUCUCUGUCUCUUUCUUUUUCUCUCCUUUUGUAUAGUUUGUCAUGUAAAUAGGCUGUAAAAGUCAAAGUCGCUGUGGUAUAAUAACAACAGACACUAUUGUUCCAA